AUUUUAUGGAACAGAUUUGAUAAUAAACCGAAAUAGUAUGGAAAAAAUAUUAUGAAAUGCUCAAUAUUUGUGUCAUGCUACAAUUGCUUUAUACCUAUGCAAUUUCGAAAAAUUGAAGAAAUAUAUUAAGAUGUAGCUAUCUAAGAUGUUCUUCUAUUUUUUUUGUUUCAAUUUGUUUGUUGAAGUUUUCCAGGUAAUAUGUAUUUAUCUUAAUUUACUUUCCAACAUGUUGAAAUUGUGUUGAACGGAAGAAAUUCUGCAUUACCGACGGAGAAGAAUCAGCAGAGAUAUAGCAAAUAAAAAAUACACAGGUUGAUAUCUUUGACAGCUCAUUGAUUUCAUAGUUUUGUAAAAUUGCCUACGGAUUUUGAUCGAUAUAUUUCAUUUUUGAUUUUUUUUUGGUAACUUGUCAAAUAUAAAUAAUUUCUUGGUACAGUUAAUACUUUGAGACCGUUAAGACAUAAUAAUAUAAAUAGGUUAGAAAUUGAAUGUUUAAAGAAAAAGAACGAAUAAGACAGUUCCAUCUGUAAAUUUAAUAUUAAAGAUUAAGUUAAUAUUUGAAUUCAGGAAAAAAUAUGCUUUCACUGGAACGUAUCCCAGAUCAAAUUGGACAUCUAAUUUUGACAGAGGAUGGAGCUGUAUUAACGUCUGGAGGUGAACUGGAAAAUGAUGAGAGAUUUGCAAACAUUGUUAUAGGAUUAGUCACGCUAACCAAUAAAGUUGAUCCCAAAGCAUUUCCUAAUAACGAGACUUUUGAUAAAAUAUCAAUAACAUAUCCAGAUCAUUGUUAUAUUAUUUGUCUCUCAAACAAAAAGAUCCACGUAGUGAAAAAAAAAUUGAUAUCCUCAACAACUGCAACUGUAGAACAACCUCUUAUUGAUGUAUAAAUGAAUAUCAUCCAUUCAUGCAAAAAUAAAACUGGAAUGAAAGUGGAAUAUGCAAAUUUUUUCAAUAUUACUAAUGUUAAUAAAAAUAUGAUGAUAAUAAAUUUGUCUUUGUGUUA